CACAUACCAUGAAUGCAUCAAUUAACCGGCACAGGGGACAGGACAACAUGGCUGCCGCUGUGGGCCGAUACUACGGAGAAGGCGGCAGAGCAUCGAAAAGACAGAAAACUGAGGACGGAGGGAUGUCAACGGAGGGCUACGAUGACCCUCACAAACCGCUGCCCUCCUCGGUGGUGCACAUCAGGGGCUUGGUGGACGGCAUCAUGGAGGCUGACCUGGUGGAGGCCCUGCAGGAGUUUGGGGCCAUCAGUUAUGUCGUUAUGAUGCCCAAGAAGCGGCAGGCCCUGGUGGAGUACGAGGACAUGAAUGGCUCCUGCAAUGCCGUGACAUAUGCAGCUGAGAACCAGGUUUACAUCGCAGGCCAUCCCGCCUUCAUCAAUUAUUCCACUAGCCAAAAGAUCUCCCGGCCAGGGGACUCCGAGGACACCCGGAGCGUCAACAACGUCCUGCUGCUCACCGUCAUAAACCCCAUCUAUCCCAUCACCACGGACGUGCUCUACACCAUUUGUAACAACUGUGGGCCUGUACAGAGGAUUGUCAUCUUCAGGAAGAAUGGUGUUCAGGCCAUGGUGGAGUUUGACUCUGUCCAAAGUGCUCAGAGAGCCAAAGCCUCUCUGAAUGGCGCAGACAUCUAUUCUGGUUGCUGCACUCUAAAGAUUGAGUAUGCCAAGCCAGCACGACUUAAUGUCUUCAAGAACGACCAGGACACGUGGGACUAUACAAACCCCAACCUCAGUGGCCAAGAUGCUGAUGGUGAAGGCAAUUGGAACAAUUCACAAGAUCCCAAUGCCAACUCCAACAAACGGCAGAGGCAGCCGGCUCUUCUGGGAGACCAUCCACCCGAUUAUGGUGGCCCGCAGGGAGGUUAUCACGGCUACAACGAGGACAGCUACGGCCCGCCGCCUCCCCACCGCAUGGGGCCGGGUAUGGGCGGGCGGGGUCGAGGCAGCCAGCGCUACGGCCCUAGCUACGGACCGCCGCCCCCCGAGUACGGCCCUCACGCCGACUCUCCGGUCCUCAUGGUCUAUGGCCUCGAGCCCUCAAAGGUCAACGCUGACAAGGUCUUCAACAUCUUCUGCCUCUACGGCAAUGUGGAGCGGAUUAAAUUCAUGAAGAGUAAGCCUGGAGCGGCAAUGGUGGAGAUGGGUGACUGUUACUCGGUGGACCGGGCCAUCACUCACCUCAACAACAACUUCCUUUUUGGACAGAAACUCAACGUUUGUGUGUCCAAGCAGCAGGCCAUUGUUCCAGGACAGUGCUACCAGUUGGAGGACAACAGCAGCAGCUUCAAAGAUUUCCACGGAUCGCGCAACAACCGCUUCACCUCCCCAGAGCAGGCGGCCAAGAACCGGAUCCAGCACCCCAGCAACGUCCUCCACUUCUUCAACGCGCAGCCCGACAUCUCUCCGGAGGUCUUCACCCAGGCCUGCGAAGAACUGGGAAUCAAGACCCCCACUAGUGUAAAACUUUUUACCGGGAAGAGUGAGCGCAGUUCAUCUGGCCUCCUGGAGUGGGAAUCCAUUAAUGAUGCCAUGGAAGCCCUCGCUCUGAUCAACCAUUACCAGAUGAAAAACACCAGUGGGCCUUACCCUUACACACUGAAGCUGUGUUUCUCAACCACACACCACGCCAACUGAGCACUCGCCCCACAAACCAUUUGAAUCAUUUUCAUAGUCUUUCGAUACAGUUCUGUUGUCACGCUCCAUUAAAACAUUCAAUCAGUAUUGAAAAAAACUAGGACUGCUUUGCUUUAGAACAUGUUACUUGAAAUAUGAAUUUGUACGAUGUAUUUAUGUUGAUCAUGUUUCUCAGUUUUAUUUUGUAUGUUCCUCACACUAGAUGUGAAGAAAAAAACACUACCCUGAAGUAAUUCAAUGUGGACCUCAGUUUUUGUAUUUUAAAACCAAGUGAACAGUUUCCAUGAAGAAAAUACUGAUCUGUCACCAGUGUUCACAUCAACAGAGACUAUUUAUAUUAUAACUUUGAUCAUUUCUUCACAGGAAAACAUUCAUGUUCACAGAGAAGAAUAUAAAAUAUAUCGGCAUGUUCUUCCAAAAAAGUUGCAGCUCUAGUUUUCUGACGUCUCUCCUGAUGUGGUUAAGGGGCCGUCUGUAUGUGGAUCGCUGGUUUUUAGAGGAUUAUCACAAUGAAGAUGAAAGGAUAGUGGAAAUAAAGAAGCCGGUUAACUGUUUAGACACUGUCGAUGUCAUUGUCAAGUUGUAACCUUUUGUAGUAAACAAUACUUUGAAUAUAACUUUGGCUGGAAUAACUCAA